AUGAGUGAUCAGUUAAAUGUAAAGCAUAAGAUAGCAGAUACUUGUAGAAAAAUAUAUUCAUAUUUUAAGCCAAUUUCAAAUACUUCUUCAUUUAUUAAAAAUGGCACAUUAACACCAGAAGAAUUUGUGGAUGCAGGAGAUUUUUUAGUUCAUAAAUUCAAAACAUGGGAAUGGCAAGAAGCAGAUAAAGAUAGAAACGUUUCUUAUUUGCCAGAAGGGAAACAAUUUUUAAUAACUAGAAAUGCUCCUUGUAAACAAAGAUUAAAAGAAUUAAAUUAUAUAACUCAUGAUUUAAAAAUUGUAGAAAAUGAAUGGCUACAUCCCAAUUAUGAAGAAGACAAUAAUGCUAUAGAUAUAAAUGAAUACCCACAUAAUCUGCCUUUCUCUAUAAGAAAAUCAAUAAAAGAAGAAAAAGAAUAUGAUAAUGACGAUGAUGUUAUUGAUAUAAAUAAUUUUGAUAUAGAAGACAGUAUAUUUAAUGAAAAUGAUCCUGCAUCUGUUGAUAACCCAAGUUAUUAUUAUAAUAAUAUUAGAAAUGAUAAUACCAUGAAAAUACGAACAUAUGACAUUAGUAUAACAUAUGAUAAAUAUUACCAAACUCCUCGGAUAUGGCUAUUUGGAUAUGAUGAAAAUGGAAAUCCUCUAAAACCUGAAGAAAUUUUUGAAGACGUUUUGGCAGAUUAUAGUUAUAAAACAGUCACAUAUGAUCCACACCCAUGUACAGGAAUUAUGACUGCAUCUAUACAUCCAUGCAGACAUGCAGAUGCAAUGCUGAAAAUUAUAAAAAAUUGGAUAAACGACAAAAAAGAACCAAGGCAUGAUUUAUAUUUAUUAUUUUUACUGAAAUUUGUUUCUGGUGUAAUACCAUCUAUUGAAUACGAUUUUACAACAGAUAUAGAAAUCCCAAGAGAUUAUAAAAAAUAG